CACGAUAUAACGACCCACUCCUAUAAAUCUCAGCACAAUGCCCAAGGUAAUCUCGCGUAGUAUCGUUGUCACCGAUCAGGAUGCUCGCAUCGACGACGUGGGUGGGCUGGAGGUGCCGCUGACCGUCUACUACUGCUUGUGUGGCCAUCUUGCCUUGAUUCUUGAUACAAAGCUUGAGGCGUUACCCAAACGCAAGCGUGAUGGUGCCGCUGUGAUACAACGAAAACAACACUAUCACAAGUUGACAUUUGAGGAAGGACCUGUGAAGAAAGUUAAACGAUCCGAAGGAGGCUGCGAGAGGCAAAAGCGUCUAGUGUGCAAGAACUGCCAACUGCCUCUUUUUUACGAGCCCGGUCAGAAGAGCGAAUACGCAGAACCAGAUAGAACAUACAUAUAUGUGAUACCAGGAUCGGUAUACACAAAUCGCGAGAAUAUACAAGAGAAAUAUAGGGAAUCCAGCUUCAAGCAAACACACGGCAAAAAUGCCGUGGCCCCAACCGUCACGCACACGGCCAGGGGGAAGUUCGGAACCACUACGGUCGGUACAGCUGAAGACGAAGAGAACGAGCAGGUGUGGAAGUCGCUGGACCAGAGCUACGCAGAGAAUGCGACCAUCAUCCAACGACAGCUACAGGCAGCCAAGAAGAACAUGAAGCGGCCGGGUGAUGAGGCGGAGGAGAAGCCACCCGAAGAACUGCCCAAGCGCGUCAAGCGCGGCACGUUGCUGACAUAGGAGCGUGUUGUAGUAGUGAAGGUAGUAGUAGUAGUAGUAGCGUGUAGUGCAGGGGUACACAGGUAUAGCGGCAGUUGCACCGGUGAUCAACGGCGUCAUAGCUAUCCGGCGGGAAACCCGCGUUUAACGACUUGGGUGUGGGGUUUGAGCGAGAGCCCUAACGUCCACUAAAUGGGUCGAGGGUACGCUUAUCGUAAGAUAUAGUCUCUCAUUCUAAUUAAGACUUGUCCUGCGUUUGAAUUUAUACAACCACGCAUUUGACAGAGCUGUCUAUCAGAGCGGUCACAUGUCGGUGGGGGAAAACAGCCAUUGCAAAUUCAUUCAGCCAAUCGAAAUAGUCAAAGGCAAUCAAUAAACGGCACUAAGUUGUGUCAAUAAUCCUGAUCCGCUCGGAUGUAACUCAUUUUAGCCAGGUUGUAUGUUACACAACUAGCUCGUUAUUCAUACCCAUAGAUCAGUUUAACAAAGCCUCGGUGCUGUAUAUGUCGCAUUCACUAACCGUAACUUCUGCGGGUCCACACUUCUUGCACUGACCAACCACGUCGCAGGGAAUGGCAGACAGGAAACCCCACCUAUGGCAAAAUGUUCUAAAAAUAGCUCAAGCUCAGCCAAUCAGAAUUCCGGUGUUAUUUAUGUCGCAUCCACCAGCCGUAACCCUUGGCAGGUACAUGCCUCUCGCAUUGACCACAUCGCUGGGAAUGGCAGACGCACCCACUCACGUAAAGUAUCCUUUAUAAUUAGCUAGUGGGUAAACACAGGGCUCCAGCCAAUCAGAGCUACGGUACUGUAUAUAUCGCAUUUACCAGCCAUAAACCUCGACAGGUCCACACCUCUCGUAUUGACCAUAUAGCUGGAAAGGGCAGACGCACCCACCCACGUGGAGACUGUUCUAUAAAUAGCCAGUAGGUAAACACAGCGCUCAGCCAAUCAGAGCUUCGGUACUGUAUAUAUCACAUUCCCCAGCCGUAAACCUCGACAGGUCCACACCUUUUGCGUUGACCACAUCGCUGGGAAUGGCAGACGCACCCACCCACGCAAAGCACAGCGGCACGGCGGGUGAAGCCCCAAUAGACUGUCU